AGAAGGUAAAGAGAUUAGCUCAAAACAGAACCUGCUUUUUUAACCCCGUCACUGUUGCCACACUGGGUAUGUAGAAGGGGACUGUGGGUUUUCGUUUGCACCCCAAUAUUUGUCCUUCUUCCUCUUCCUCCCUCCCUUUGCUCACUCACUGCUCAUCCAUCCAUGAAGGAAACUACAAGGAUCCAACUACACCCAGGAAAUAAUCACUGUGGAGAGGGUGCCAGGGCGCAAAUAUAUGCUACAAGUUUGUCGGCACAAAUGAGGAGACUACUUCAUCCUAAUUUGACGGACUUGAGAUAAACAGGCUCUGGAUUUCACAGCAUUUUCUUCACAAAUGGUCAAUCACGGCUUGAAGGACACAUAGAAUCCCCCAUCAUGCUUUUGAAGUCUGGAGUCCUCUUCGCUUUGUGUCUGUUUACCCUCCAAGCAAGUAAAACCAGAGAACUUCUUGGUGAUGGUGUCUUUGGACUCAGAGAUGCAAAGUACCGACACUUUCUGGAAGCUUCCAAACCAAUCAGACACGCAACCAAUGUCAGAGCAGAGCAGGACACGUAUCGGAUUAAAAGGUCAACGCUCUUCACCACAGGUGUUAAAGUGUGCCCGCAGGAGACGGUAAAAGCAGUCAUCGGCAGCCAUCGUGCCUAUUACAAACUCAGAGUUUGUCAGGAGGCCAUUUGGGAAGCAUUUCGUAUCUUUCUGGACAGAGUGCCAAGCCCGGAGGAGUAUAGAGUAUGGGUUUACACCUGCCAGGAAGAAAACCUCUGCAUGGAUGACCUGGCCCAGAAUUUCAGCAGCUCCCAGGAGCAUCUGGACCUUGUCGCCAAAAGAGUUGCAGAACAAGCUGAAAGUGAAGGCUAUGUAACUGGAACUUCAGAGCCAGGCAGUGAUUGCUCCUGGACUCCACCUCUGAUUCUGCUUCCGACAGAGGCCGAUGUGAUUAAAAAGUAUCCUGAGGGUGUAAAAGAGAACUACGAGGAAUACGUCGUGGAGUUCAGCAUCACCGUUGUGGACCCGGCGUACAGCAAACUGCUCAGCAAUCCCGAGGUUCAACAGUACGAAGGUGUUGCGGGAGAGCUCAGAGAAAAGAUGCGCCACGUGUUUGAAAAGGUUCCUGGAUUCAAGGAGAUUCGCAUUCUGGGAUUUCGAUUGGAGGACGUGUCAGUGCGAUGCGCAGUGGUCUUUAAUGGAGAAACAGAACUUAGUGAUGAGCCUGAGGGUUUGGAGGAUCCCGACCAAGAGGCGGGCGAGGAUGUGAAUGCUCCAAAAUUAAGGAACAUCAUUGUCAAGGCCUUGAGAAAGGAGCCGUCGCUACUCAUGGACAUACAGACACUCAGCUUUGAAGCUGUAAACACAGUUUAUCCACUUGCUGAACUUAAAAUAAACUCUCUUGAGACCUUGCCAUCCGAGGACACCACGGCAGAGGACCAAAGUCUUGCAAAGAAUUUAUUCCCUACUUUGACAGUGCUGGAAAACUCUCUAGAUGUUCCUUCCGUCAUACCAGAAUCCCACCCCUUUGUGCCCUUCAUUUCAACUUCCACUGUCACUCCUGUAGAGGAGGGGUCAACAGAACAAGCUACAAAACUGGAAACUUUCAUAAAACCUAAGGAGGAAGCUGAAGGAAAGAUGGGGAGACCAAAUGGGCGUUAUAGUGGAGGUCAGGAAGAGUCUAAGGAGCUAGUGAGAGAAGAAAAGCCCAAACCAGUUGAAGGGAGAAACACAGGCCAUUCAGAGCAAGAAGAAGAAGAAAACCUAUAUUUUGCACCUACAGAUUCUCAGCCUGAGGAAAAUGUAACUACUGUGACUGAAACCACUGUCCCACCAAAAUUUACAGCUCCAGUGCUAGAGGAGACAUUAGUCACAGAGGAAGAACCAGUUUCCUUACCUCCUCAUCCUGAAGACUCACUUCAAGGCAUUGAGGAAAACCAAGAUAUGGAACCUUUACCAUUGCCGACGGACAUAGGUGAAACACCUGAUAAUGGAAAUGAUGUGAGGGGAAACUUUAGUGGUGUGGCCCCGGGCACUGUGGACUUCCCUGUGGACAACUCAAGUACUCAAGGAGAGAUGCCAACCCAGAACAGAACGGUGGUGGUGGAGGUGAUCGAGUCACUGGGAGAGGAAAGUGGUAGUGGAUUUGCAUCAGAGUCUGAUGAACGUCCAUACGAAUCUACAGCUGCACCGUCCAUGAGACAAGUCAGCACACCUUUGAUGACUGCCGUGGACAAGAGUAAAGAGCUGGUGGUUUUCUUUAGCUUGAGGGUCACUAACAUGAUGUUUUCUGAUGACCUGUUCAACAAGAGCUCGCCUGAAUAUAAAUCACUGGAGAAUACCUUUCUUGAGCUGACACAACAUCCCGGGUCCAGAAAGUCGCCAAACCCUGGAGCAUUCAGUAAAUCCGGGCCUAAGAGACCAACAACUUUAGCGUCUAUUCCGCUUUUGCCAUAUUUACAGACCAAUUUGACUGGAUUCAAGCAGCUGGAAAUUCUCAACUUCAGGAACGGGAGUGUUGUGGUAAACAGCCGGAUGAAACUGGACAAGCCGGUACCCUAUAAUGUCACAGAAGCUGUGCAUUGUGUGCUUGAAGACUUCUGCAGUGCAGCAUCUAAACGGCUCGACAUCGAGAUUGACAGUCGUUCUUUGGAGGUCGAACCUGCUGACCAAGCAGAUCCCUGUAAAUUCCUGGCCUGCAAUGAGUUUUCGCGCUGCGUGGUGAACAGUUGGACCAACGAAGCCGAGUGUCUGUGCGAUCCCGGUUACAGCACCCUUGAUGGAUUGCCUUGCCAGAGCACCUGUCUUUUGCAGCCAGACUACUGCAUGAAUGGAGGCCAGUGCGAAAUAAUCCCUGGCCAUGGAGUCACCUGCAGAUGCCCUGUCGGUAAAUACUGGCACUAUCAUGGAGAACGCUGCACCGAGCUGGUGUCGGUGCCUCUGGAUCCGUCACUCAUCGUUACCUGCUUGGUGGGGAGUCUUUGCCUUGUUUGUGCCAUCAUUGGCAUUCUGAUAUUCAUCAACAAGAAAUGUGUGAAAACCAGGAAGGCGGUGACUUUAGUGCACACCCUUGCUCCCUAUGCCUUUGAGAACACUCUGAGGGAGAACCCAGUAUUUGAGAAUGAUGAUGGCAUCUUAACUCACGUGUCUACAUUACCAUGUCCUUCAAGCUCAGUCUCUUCCCAAUCCCAACAGUCUGAACAAGAGCAUUUUGCCUCGAUUGAAAAUAUACAUCUGAAUAUUGAGAUCCCCAGACAACUCUACACAACAAGAUCUGAAAAGUUAGUUUCAGAAAUGGUGGACUUUCAUCACCGUCUACCAUUCAAUGAGCUGUAUGAUGUAUCCAAAGACGUGGCGACUGCCAAACGAGAACAGGACGUGUUGUCUUUUGAGAGCAUCGGACAGCGACUGUUUUGAAGUGACAGUUCUUUGACGACCAUGUGAACAAAUCUCUCAACACUGCGGCGUUGCAGCACAUCAGGAACAGUAGAACAGGCGAGCAUUGCUGUUAUACUGUGUAGUCUGCAAGUACAGGUGGACGACCUGAAUUGUUCAUAGUUCAUAAAUGUCUCGUUAGACGAUGAGCUACGAAGAUCAAGCGUGUGUUCAAGGAAAAGCUAAUAUUUAUUUCAUGUUGAGUUGUAGGAACAUUUCCUGUGCGUCCUUUGCAAGGGUUUUUUUCCUCACAAUGAGGUAUUUAUUAUUUACAGACUCAUGCAUUUGACUGUGUCUUAGCGGUUGUAAAAUUGUCUAUUUUAUGCCAUUCCUUAACACUGUUGUGUCCCAAAAAGAGAAUGUACUGUUUAUAGAAAUACUGGCAGCAGUCAGUGUGUUCCAAUGCACAACUUUCACCACUAAUCAUUUGUUGUGACUUUGACAUAUUUUUUUUUUUAUAAAAAAUAAAACCAUAAAGUGUCAUUUUCUAAUAAAAAGAGCUGAGGGAUUCUAUUUUGCUUUUUUGCUUGUCAAAGUCUUAAAAUCUUUGAAUUAAUGAGUUUUACUUUGAAUUAUUUUUUCUUAAUGUAAAAUAGGUGAUCAGGUUUGAUUAUUUACUCUGACUAUGAUCUAAAAGUUCAGAACUUAUUAAUACGGCCGAUGUCAUUCACACGUAUUUACGUGCGACCAAGCACAAAAACUGAUGGAAAUUUAUGCUGGCCACACAUAAUCCGUGAGGGCAAAAUGCACAUUGCUGCAUUUGCCCUCACAUAUUUGAACCUUAACAUAAACAGUCACAUAAACUGGUAAUAAAAAUACAGACCACAAUGCACUGCGGUUUAAUGAUUUGUCAUUUGGAAAAUGGAGGUAAAAAGUGUGAUUAGGUAGAUGAUGUAAAUAUAUUUAUUUUAUAAAUCAUUUAAGUUUGUAUGAUCAGAACAUGGUGGAUCCAAAAACAUACAUUUUAAAAUCCUCAUACUUAGUAGGUUUAUACUUUGAUAAAUGAGUGACGACAUAUUUCCCGUCAAAAAAAAAAAAA